AUGGAGAUUGGAGGAGCGAACAAAAGGGGCAGACCCGAGGUUGGCCUCAAUGGCCAUGGCGGUUUCAAGAAGUCCAAACAAGAAAUGGAGUCCAUUACAAGUGGUAUAGGAAGCAAAUUGAAGCCAUGCACAAAGUUUUUCAGUGCUUCCGGUUGCCCGUUCGGUGACGGUUGCCACUUCCUGCAUUAUGUCCCUGGUGGCAUCAAGGCCGUCACCCAGAUACUCGGCAACAACCCGGCCCUCCCUUCUGCGCCUCGUAACCCGAUGCCACCCCCUCCCGCUCCUUUCCAAGAUGGGCCUGGGCCUGGGCCUGGGCCUGGACCCGUUCCUGCCCCCUUCAUAAAGACUCGCCUGUGCAACAAGUUCAAGACGGCCGAGGGCUGCAAGUUUGGGGACCAGUGCCAUUUUGCCCACGGCGAGUGGGAGCUUGGGAAGCCUGCUGCAGCAGCCCCACCACAGCCACAUGACGAACCCCGAAGAAGGUUUGGCGGCGGCGGCGGCAAUUGGGCAGAUCCCGGCCCGCCGAACCCACCGGCGGGCUUCGGGGCAUUGGCCACUGCCAAGAUCAGCAUUGAUGCUUCUCUGGCAGGGGCGGUGAUCGGGAAGGGUGGGGUGAACUCGAAGCAGAUAUGCCGGAUGACAGGGGCCAAGCUGUCGGUGAGGGACCACGAGACGGACGCAAACCUGAGGAACAUUGAGCUGGAAGGCAGCUUCGAGCAGAUGAGUGAGGCGAGCCGGAUGGUGCAGGAGCUGAUAGUCAAUAUUAGGGCAGGCGCUGCUGGCCGUGGUGGAGGCGGUGGUGGGUUUGGGAACAACUACAAGACCAAGAUUUGUGAGAAUUUCAACAAGGGGUCGUGUACGUUUGGGGAGAGGUGCCAUUUCGCGCAUGGCCAAGGGGAGUUGCGCAGAUCUGCUGUCUUGUGA